AUUUGCGCACACCCAUUUCACUGUAGCUUCUUCUUCCUCAUGACCUCUUCUUCUUCACAGCUCGACGGUUGAGUAGGAGCCUGGUGUGAAGGUAAUAAGCAAAUGGAUUAUAGUGUUGAGCAGAUGGCCUUCAUCAGUAGCUACGACAUGGGCGAGUUGAUGGCACCCCAAAAUAUGGAUUCCGACUCUGAACCACCGGCGACCGGAGAUGAAGCUCAACCCAGUAGGAAAGGCGUCGGCGACGGAGAGGAAAAACAUAUUCCGGACGCUGAUCAUGAAGGAGACCCGGAUAACACAAAUGUAGAUGAUGGUACACCAGACGUCCAUGUAGAAGUUGGGAUGUUGUUUGCGGGAAAAGAUGAAGCCUAUGAUCACUACAAGAAUUACGCAAAACGUAUAGGUUUUCCCAUUAGAAUUAGGAGCUCCACGAAAGACAAACAAGGAAACAUAACACCAAUGUUAAUUGAAUGUGGCCGUGCUGGAAAUAGAGUUUCAAAGUCAACAAAUUUGUUGUUGCCCGGAGCCACUAGUGCAAUUGGUUGCAAAGCCGGAAUCAAAGUCAUGUAUGACUACGCCGGGUCAUGGGUUAUUUCAAAAGUGCAUGAACAACAUAACCACCCCAUGAGUCCUACCAAAACUAGAGCCUUUCGUUGCAAUAGGAGAUUGACUAUGAGCGCGAGGAGAAAAAUUGAAAUAAAUGUUGUUGCCGGAAUUCCUCUUCACAAAACCUACACCUCUGCCGUAGUAGAAGCGGGCGGUUAUGAGAAUUUAC